AAACAAACAACUUCAAGUUUUCAGUGUUUUCUUUUUGAAUUUCUAUUUAUUAUCUUUCAGUUAUCUUAACUGAAACUUUCUGGAUUUAGAUUUGAGAGUACUACGAUAACAGCUAUGUGCAAUCCACCAAACAUCCACAUACAAAUGUUGCUUACAUCAUGAACUUGAGGCGAUUACCGACAGCUCGCCUCCUUCUCCUGGGCGUGGCGGGCGUGGUGGUGUACUGCGAGUGGCUGGUGUACCGGCUCGGGGCGCGGGAGUGGGCCCCGCUGGCCUGCCCCGGGGACGCCGCCGCCGCCGCCGGCUGCACGCGCGUGCUGCUGGUGGCCGACCCGCAGCUGCAGGGGGAGCAGGCCGCCAUGUUCCCGCUCAACUGGCUGUUCAUCUGGGACAGUGACAGAUAUGUGAAGGCUACAUUUCGUGAAGCUCUGCGGCAUGUGCAGCCGGACGUGGUGGUGUUCCUCGGGGACCUCAUGGACGAGGGCUCUAUUGCCACAGAUGAACAGUACGCCAGAUAUGUCAACCGCAUCUUUGACAUCUUUGCUCCCUAUGAUCAUUCAUUUAAACCAUUCUACAUCCCAGGAGACAACGACAUUGGUGGGGAAAAUGAACGAGUAAGAGAAGACAAGAUAGAUCUGUUCAACAAGAUAUUCCUGAGGCCACGGAAGUUAAUUCACAAAGACAUCAUCUUCCUAGAGAUAGAUGGGAUCACCCACGUCAUGCCCGAUGUGGACGAUGACAUGCUGAGUGAGUUCAAGCUGAGGAUAGCUGUAUCACACUAUGGAGUGGCUAGCAGACAAAUGCAAGACAAGUUCCGCCCCCACAUCUACUUCUCAGCGCACACGCACGAGUCUCGCCUCGUCCGUCACCGCGGGGGCAUGGCGCACCGCCAGCAGAGACUGCUGGACAAGACUCUCACUGUGGUGUUCGAUAACGAGACGGUGAAUGAGAUCUUCGUGCCGACGUGUUCGUACAGGAUGGGGACGCGGGAGAUCGGGUAUGGGGCUGCUGUUAUAGAGAAAGACUACACGCAAAUGCGCUACACAGUGCUGUGGACACCAGAGCGCUUCCCCAGUCUCCUCGCGUACGCCGCCAUCGCUGUGCUAGCGGUCUUGCUGGUAGUCAUCAAGGCCAUCAUCAGGGUCAUGGCCAGUAGUAGGAGCUACUAUCAGAAGCUGCAGCACAGUGUGUGAAUGUUGAACUGCGAGUUUCAUAUCUGCUGCCACUGCACGGGUUUGUUAUCGACGUACUAAACUAUAUCACGAUUCGCCAAAAUACGGGGCUGUGAUUGGUGAAUGAAACACGCAUUAAAUGAGUUUAUCGACGUCGAUAACGAACCCGUGUAGCGGCCGCUGAUGACAUAAAAGUGAGAAACUGAGCGUUUUGACUAUGCCAAGUUAGUUUAAAGGGGUGAAUUUUUUUAUAUCAUUUUAUAUGACAUGAUUUGGAAGUACAAAAUUAAAUACUUAGUUACAGUAUGACUUAACUAAAAAGUAUGGCCAUAUUCGAAUAUGAACAACGAAAAAUCUCAACUAGUGUUGUACUUACAGUUACUUACCGUUACUUAGUGUGGUAAGUGCCUUACACUUGGAGUGCGGCACUGCUCACGUAGUGCAACAAACUGCAACUUAGAACUACACAGGGAUAUACAUGGUGGAAAAUAUAGAGGGGACGGAAAAAGGCAUUUUUUGAACGCUCUGUCACGUAAUAUUUCUGUUUCACUGUCCCAUUUAUCAUUUGCACCUUUGUAUUCUCUCUAUCGAUCGUCAUACAAACACGAUGACACCUAUAGCCAGCGGCUUCCCACGAUCGAACUCAGAUCUUCCGUCCGGCACGCUGAAGGGUGUUCCACAUUUACCGUAGUUACCUCUAACCUUAGUUAUUAUUCUCAAUUGGAAUGUCUUUCCAACCAUCGAUUAUCCAGACCAGAGCAUUAUUUAUAUUUUUAUAUACUUACUUACAUAACUAUUGUACUUAAUAUAUGUAUAUUGAGUGUCUCCUACUGCAACGUAUGUACGGGUUACCAGUCUUACUAUGGUUUAUAAUUUCUUUUUUAUUCCAUACAUGUAUUUGAUAUUCUACAUCUAUAGACUAGUACCAUGCAGUCUGUAAUUAUAUUUAUGGAUGAAUAUUUUAAAAUAAAUUUUACGAUUGUUAAGUACUUAAAUCAAAUCUUUUAAUAUGCUUAUUACUAGAGUCUCCGCUUCGAUGUUAGUAAUAAAACAACCAUUUAAACGAAAUUGUAGUUCACAGUUUAUUUCAGGCAUACUUUUAUUUAAUAAAUUCGACGACAUUUAACAUUUUCGGCAAACGUCUAGACAUGAUAUUUAUUGCAUGUAAGAAGUUCAUACAAAAUCAAAGGAACUAUAAAAAAUAUCGAUCAUUCACCUCUUGCCAGGCCAUAAAUAAUUUAAACAUUACAAUACAUAACAGAUAAAUAAUUCGAAACAUGUAUCUUGCCUCUUUGGUUUCUACUAGCUAAAACUUAAUACUAAAAAUAUAUACAAACUUUUCCACUUUUCACUCUCUGAUACAUUUUCCUGUAAAAUUUACUCAUACUAUACACAUUUUCUCAAUAUUUAGCUUUAUUUCACAAACUGAAUGAAGUUUGGAGAACUGAAAGUUACAUGAAAUAAUCGUUUAUAAUUCUCGAUAGAAAAUUCCAAAGACUAGAUAUAUCAGCAGGUGUUUUCUUACAAAUCGGACUUCCACAUACAUUUUACAGAGUUAACAUAGAUUUUCAGUAGCAGAAGAAAAUCUUCAGCCUCACUUUACAACAGAUCCCAGAAUUACACAGGUAGGUACAACAUAGUCACUUCCUAACACAAGCUAAGUCAGAUUCGGAUAAGUAAUCAGCGAUUACAUUACACAGUAACCAACGUUAUUGCAACGACUCUUUGGCUUCACUCCACAAGUCCUUCAAGGUACGAAGAUUCAUAUUUACACUUUUUACACUGGAGUCGCCUCACG